CACAUCACACAAGACAGAGUUGGCUGAAUGGGGAACUAGUGCGUUAAAGGCUUAGCACAUGUAUGUUGCGUUUUAGGCGCACUGUCUGAAUGGUGCAUUUAUAGGCUUGUAUUGGAAAUCUUGAGUCAUUACUAAUAACCAGACGUUCAGGAGGGUUAUUCCGGGUCUGGACCACCAUAGUGAUUAUUUGAUUUCGUUUCAGUUUGUACCGGGAGAUAAUUUACUAACAUUACGAGUUCGGUUUAUAUUUAACGGGAUCUGUCAGCCUAUUCACCGGAUGUACGAUAAAGUGUCGCUCGGCAUCGCCCAUUGUGAUAUUAAAACCCGUCAUUUUACUCUGAUAGCUGAACCACGAUGGAGGUCAGUGCCGAAAAAUCAAAGAUACUCUCUAAUAAGAGAGACUAUGCUCUGAAACCGUUAGACCACAAAGUGAUCCCCGGCAGCAGCGUGGGUGCAGAGGCGCAGAGACCCACAUGGAGUGGGCGGCUGGAGUUCGUCCUGGCAUCGGUGGGAUACGCGGUGGGGCUGGGCAAUGUCUGGAGGUUUCCUUACCUGUGCUACAGCAGCGGUGGAGGUGCUUUUAUGGUCCCUUAUCUCAUCAUGGUGCUCCUGUGCGGCAUUCCUCUGCUCUUCAUGGAGUUUUCUGUUGGGCAGUACACUCGUUUAGGGCCAGUGCAUGCUUUCGCCAAAAUCUGUCCCUUGUUAAAAGGUGUUGGUCUGGCCACAGUUGUUAUCUCCUUUGUGUUCUCCACGUACUACAAUGUGCUCAUGAGCUGGGCACUUUACUAUUUCUUCAACUCGUUCGAAUCAACCCUCCCCUGGACUUCCUGCAACAACACCUGGAAUCUUGUUGAAAAUUGUUCCAGUGGUUUCCCUGGCAACGCCACCCACCUGCAGUCUGCCAGCCAGCAGUUCUUUGAUCACAGACUUUUGCAGAAAACCAGUGGCAUUGAAGAGACUGGCGGCAUCCGCUGGGAACUCUUUGGCUAUCUCAUUAUUUCAUGGGUCAUCGUGUAUUUAUGCAUAUUUAAAGGAGUCAAAUCCACUGGCAAGGUUGUGUAUUUCACUGCCGUAUUUCCGUACUUCAUUCUGUUUGCCCUGCUCAUUAAUAAUGUGCAGCUUCCCGGGGCCAAGAAUGGUAUCCUCUACUUUGUGACACCUGUCUGGAACAAACUGUUUGAAGUGAAGGUGUGGGUUAAUGCAGCUGCCCAGGUGUUUAAUUCCAUUGGAAUAGCAUUUGGCUCCAUGAUUUCAAUGGCUAGUUACAACAAGUUCAACAACAACAUUCUCAGGGAUGCAUUAAUUGUGUCGAUUACCAAUUCAUUCACCAGUAUCCUGGCUGGCUUUGUGAUCUUCUCAGCCAUUGGCUACAUGGCUCACACACAUAACCUACCAGUGGACAACAUAGCUACAGAUGGUCCUGGUUUGGUGUUUGUUGUGUACCCUGAAGUCCUCUCCACCAUGCCUGUCUUUCAGCUGUGGGCCCCUCUGUUCUUCUUUAUGCUGCUGUGUCUUGGCCUGGACAGUCAGUUUGCCACAGUUGAGGUGGCUGUAACAUUCAUAAAAGAUGAGUUUGGAGCCCAAAUUCUACGUUUCCUCAAGAGAGAAGAGCUGCUGGUCCUGGCUGUGUGCAUCAUUGGCUUCAUCCUGGGUAUCCCUCAUGUUACCAAGGGAGGUAUUUAUGUGUUUCAGCUGAUGGACCACUACACUGCUGUGGUCUCCCUCAUGUUCCUGGCUUUCUUUGAAGUUGUCGCUGUCUGCUGGAUCUUUGGUGUCCCACGCAUCUGCUUGAUGGUCAAGAGGAUGCAAGGAAAAACUCCAAACAUAUACUUUCGUCUCUGUUGGCUGGUGCUCUGUCCUAUGUUGGUGCUGUGUAUACUGAUCUCCAGCAUCAUCCAGUACACUCCUGCUCGCUAUGGGAAGUACACAUACCCAGGGUGGGCUGAAGGGGUGGGCUGGUGUGUCUCACUGGUCUCCAUAAUCUGGAUCCCACUUGGAGCCAUGCAAGAGAUCUGUAGCAACAAAGGCUCACUUCUUCAGAGACUUAAAGCAACUUUGAUUUCAUCAGUAGACAUGGAUGCUGAGGAUCCACUGCCGGAAAAACAAAACCUAGACAGCUCGGUGACUGAAACCUUGCUUACUUAAGUGGCAUGACUAGAAAUACAGGCAAAGCCAUGUCUGUGAGUCACAGACAGAGAUGCACUGUUAAGGGUACUUUUUAGUGAUGGAAAGAAAACAUAUUUACACUGAGAUACACAAUGUCUCUAUUCUAAAAUGAUCAUUUUAUGCUGUUUGUUCUUCCAGGACAGAUUCCUUACUAUGUAUCUCGAGCACACUGGACAUUUGUAGUGCUUUGAAAGCUUAAGACACACACAUCAUUUGUGCCUGGUACAAUUUGUAUAUUUAAAAAUCUCAGAUUUUGUCCAUCAGCUAAAGAUUGUUUUAAUAUAAUUUAAUUAAAUUUAGGCAUGAAUGCGUGUGUGCCCUGUCUAGACUAGUCAGGUGUUUAUUCCAACCAAAGACUGAAAUGUAAAUGAUUACUUCCUCAGCUUUGGUUGAUUAAUCAGUAAACAUGUCUUGUAUAUGCAGUGAUGUUUUCGCUUGCAGUGUGUAAAUAAGACUGUAUUAUGCAUCUAUGUUAGAGGCAUUCAGAGGUUUAUUAAAUCUUUAGCUUAAUACAUAGACUUAAUCCUUCAAGGACACUUUCCUUUAUAAGAUACAUCAUGAAGGGGCUGAAGAGGCCUGUCCCAUUCAAAGGUCUCCUCCAAAUGCAGCAGGGAAAUGACACCUUCUUUUGACCAAACCCAGCUGUCUUUGUGGCCUUAAACCCCAUAAAACAUUGUGCUGUUCCGUUGUUUAAUGUAGAGUUUGAGUCAAGUUUGUUUUUGGUGGUCAUCACCUGGAAUCACCCAAUUAAAAAAAAAGCA